UCUAGAGCGGCGCUGGCACCAAAAAACCAUGGCUGGGAUUGUAUAUUUCACCGUCUUUUCGCUUCUCUUUGGGAUUUGCGAGGGAGUCACCGGCUCUCGGAUAUAUCCAGCCAAUGAAGUUACCUUAUUGGAUUCCAGAUCGGUUCAGGGUGAACUUGGGUGGAUAGCAAGCCCAUUGGAAGGAGGGUGGGAGGAAGUGAGCAUUAUGGAUGAGAAAAAUACCCCAAUCCGCACUUAUCAAGUCUGCAACGUGAUGGAGUCAAGUCAGAACAAUUGGUUACGAACUGAUUGGAUUCCCCGCGAAGGGGCUCAGAGGGUUUAUAUUGAAAUCAAGUUCACACUAAGAGACUGUAACAGCCUGCCAGGUGUCAUGGGAACUUGCAAGGAGACGUUUAACCUCUACUACUAUGAGUCGAGCAACGAUAAAGAGCGCUUUAUUCGAGAGAGCCAGUUUGCCAAGAUUGACACGAUUGCUGCCGACGAGAGCUUCACUCAGGUGGACAUUGGUGACAGGAUCAUGAAGCUCAACACAGAGAUCCGUGAUGUGGGGCCACUGAGCAAGAAAGGAUUUUAUCUGGCUUUCCAGGAUGUAGGUGCUUGCAUUGCCUUAGUGUCUGUCCGUGUUUUCUACAAAAAGUGUCCGCUGACAGUCCGUAAUCUGGCCCAGUUUCCGGACACAAUCACUGGGGCGGAUACAUCUUCUCUGGUGGAAGUUCGUGGCUCAUGUGUCAACAAUUCAGAAGAGAAGGAUGUGCCAAAAAUGUACUGCGGGGCAGAUGGUGAAUGGCUGGUACCCAUUGGCAACUGCCUGUGCAAUGCUGGGUAUGAAGAACGCAAUGGAGAAUGCCAAGCUUGUAAGAUUGGAUACUACAAGGCCCUCUCAACAGAUGUUGCCUGUGCUAAGUGCCCACCUCACAGCUUCUCCAUCUUGGAAGGUUCUACCUCUUGCACCUGCGACCCAGGUUUUUUUCGAGCAGAAAACGAUGCUGCCUCCAUGCCCUGCACUCGCCCUCCAUCUGCCCCCCAGAACCUGAUAUCCAAUGUCAACGAGACAUCAGUCAACUUGGAAUGGAGCCCUCCUCAGAACAAAGGUGGUCGUGAGGAUGUUUCCUAUAACGUGGUAUGCAAGAGAUGUGGGGCCAAUGAUCUGAACCGCUGUCGGUCUUGUGGGAGUGGUGUACACUUCAGCCCUCAGCAGAAUGGCUUGAAAAUCACCAAGGUUUCUAUCACUGACCUUCUGGCGCACACUAACUACACCUUUGAAAUCUGGGCAGUAAAUGGAGUAUCCAAGCAGAAUCCUAGCUCAGACCAGGCUGUGUCUGUCACUGUGACAACUAACCAAGCAGCUCCAUCUCAAAUAGCUUUGAUCCAAGCUAAAGAAAUAACAAGGCACAGUGUGGCCUUGGCUUGGCUGGAACCUGACAGGCCAAAUGGAGUCAUUCUGGAAUAUGAAGUCAAAUAUUACGAAAAGGACCAAAAUGAGCGCAGUUAUCGCAUUGUGAAAACAGCUGCCAGAAACACAGAUAUCAAGGGCUUGAAUCCUUUGACUUCAUAUGUCUUCCAUGUCAGAGCAAGGACAGCAGCUGGGUAUGGAGACUUCAGUGGGCCCUUUGAAUUUACAACCAACACAGUUCCAUCUCCCAUCAUUGGCGAAGGUACUAACCCCACAGUACUUCUGGUCUCAGUGGCUGGCAGUGUUGUCCUUGUGGUCAUUCUCAUUGCUGCCUUUGUCAUCAGCAGGAGACGGAGCAAGUAUAGUAAGGCCAAGCAAGAAGCAGACGAGGAGAAACAUUUGAAUCAAGGUGUUAGAACAUAUGUGGAUCCCUUUACAUAUGAGGACCCCAACCAAGCUGUGCGGGAAUUUGCCAAAGAGAUUGAUGCUUCUUGCAUAAAGAUUGAAAAAGUCAUUGGCGUUGGUGAAUUUGGAGAGGUUUGCAGUGGUCGUCUGAAGGUGCCAGGAAAGAGAGAGAUCUGUGUUGCUAUCAAGACUCUGAAAGCUGGAUACACAGACAAACAAAGAAGGGACUUCUUGAGUGAAGCCAGUAUCAUGGGACAGUUUGACCACCCCAACAUAAUCCACUUGGAAGGGGUAGUUACAAAAUGCAAACCUGUCAUGAUCAUAACUGAGUACAUGGAGAAUGGUUCUUUGGAUGCCUUCCUCAGAAAGAAUGAUGGCAGAUUUACCGUAAUCCAGUUGGUAGGAAUGCUUCGAGGCAUUGGCUCCGGGAUGAAGUAUUUGUCUGACAUGAGCUACGUACAUCGGGAUCUGGCUGCUCGAAACAUACUAGUCAAUAGCAACUUGGUCUGUAAAGUUUCUGACUUUGGCAUGUCCCGUGUUCUGGAAGAUGACCCUGAAGCAGCCUAUACUACUAGGGGUGGGAAGAUUCCCAUCAGGUGGACUGCCCCAGAAGCAAUUGCCUAUCGUAAAUUUACAUCAGCUAGUGAUGUCUGGAGUUAUGGAAUUGUAAUGUGGGAAGUGAUGUCAUAUGGAGAGAGGCCUUACUGGGAUAUGUCCAACCAAGACGUUAUCAAAGCCAUCGAAGAAGGUUAUCGGCUGCCGCCCCCAAUGGAUUGCCCCAUUGCUCUCCAUCAGUUGAUGCUGGACUGCUGGCAGAAGGAACGCAGUGACAGGCCUAAAUUUGGACAGAUUGUCAACAUGCUAGACAAACUCAUCCGCAACCCCAACAGCUUAAAGAGGACAGGCUCCGAAAACUCCAGACCUAAUACAGCUCUGCUGGAUCCAAGUUCUCCUGAAUUCUCAGCUGUAGUUUCUGUUGGUGAUUGGCUCCAGGCUAUUAAGAUGGAGCGAUACAAGGAUAACUUCACAGCUGCCAGCUACACUACCCUAGAGGCUGUCGUGCAUAUGAACCAGGAUGACCUGGCGAGAAUUGGAAUUACUGCCAUUGCACACCAGAAUAAGAUUCUGAGCAGCGUCCAGGCAAUGAGGACCCAAAUGCAACAAAUGCACGGCAGAAUGGUUCCGGUUUGAACCAGUACUGAAUUAACUCAAAACUCUUGAAAUUAGUUUACCUCAUCCAUGCACUUUAAUUGAAGAACUGCACUUUUUUUUACUUCUCCUCGCCAUUUGAAAUAAUAAUAAUAAUAAUUAAAAAAAGAUUUGCAGCAUUGGUUGAUACAUAAAGUUUGCGGAGAGUGUUGUGGGGAGGGGACCUACAGAAAUGACAGCUCGUCAUUUGCAAACAGGCCUGGAACAAAUUGUUUCUUGGAAUAUACUUCUGUUUGGAUUGACAUUAUGUAAUAUACAUGUAUCUAUAUAACAUCACAUACAAGUUCUGAUGCGGUGUUUGCUACCAGAUAAACGAAGGAAAAUACUGUUGUUCCUCAACAGCCAUUGGGAUUACAAUCAUUGUGUUUGAUCUGUGGGGUGAACCACAGUUAUUCACCUUGUGGAAUGAAGAAUCUUCUGUACCAAGAAAUGUUGGCAUAUUCUGAGCAUCAAUGGUACCUUGAGGGAGAAUAUCCUUUGGCUGAUCAGUGCCUCUCAAUCAAAGAUUUGCCUACUUGCAAUCUGAGACAGAGUGCAAUCUUUGUGGAUUACUGGAUUAUUAUUUUUUUUGGAGAGGGAAGUAUUGUUUGAGUCUUAUACCAAUCAUCAUUUUUGAAAACAGUCAGCCAUUCUUGACUAUGGAUCUUCCAGACUUGCAUCCUUUUGCCCUUCUAAGAGACAAUUAAUUGUGCAACACUGAAAAGGUCAGUGGAAAUACGGCUUCCCCACUGUGAUCAUGGGAAAACGGAUCUUGCUUUCUUGGACUCAGCCCUUCCUGGUGCCCAUGUUGACUUUGGAGGAUUAACAGACCAGACGCAAAAGCCUUCCAGUGUCCCGGUUUCCUCAGCACUGUCGAUAGAGAAGAUGUACUAUAUAAGCAGCGUUGCUCCCUGAAGAGUGUCCUUUUGGCUUUUUUUUUAAUUUUUAUUUUUGUCAGCAACAAAACUGAAAGACGAACAGGUCCAGAUACAGCUCUUUCAUUGCCACUUGAGGAAUGUACUGGAUCAAAGCCCUAUAGACUUUUCUUUCCUCACUCCAUUUAUUUAAUUUGUGUGUGUAUGUAUGUGUGUUCUUUUUUUCUGCAUGUCACUGCUGCAUUUGUAUGAGUGCAAAUACCAGAGCUCUGCAAGUCAUGACCAUGGAUGCCAGGGUCAGGUGCAGUAGCACAGAAUCCAGUUCAAAAAAAGCUGAGACUGCAUAUGACAGUGAAGUUAUCUUUUACAGAGAGUGUAUCAUUGUGAUAAUAUCAAUAUUUUUAAUAGAAUGGAAAAUAACUUAUUAUCUCUUCCGGGAAUGUGUGAGUGUAUGUAUGGCCUUGGGUGUGUGUGUGUGCACUUACAUGUGUGUGCUUCUGUGUUGCCUGUUGCCCAGGGCCACUCAUGAACAUGCAGAUAGCAUCUCAGAUAACUUGACGGUUGUUGCUGAGCUGUUGAGUUACCGGGCCAGUAGGUGACCUAUGCAACGGUAGUGAGAAAAAACACACUCUUCUGAAUGUUACAGUCCUGUAUCUAUUCAUGUAUUAUGUAGCUGCCACACUAACCUUAACAAAUAGUUCUUCAGCCUAGAACAGGGACACUUUCACUUGAGUUGUGGAAUGAUCCAUAGUGAGUUCCAUAACUGUGAUAAAGAAUUCAAUCAAUAACCAUAAGACUUGUCAAGGCCUGUUCAUUAUUGAAGCAGCAGUACUUUAAGGGAAAGUAGGUGGAGAUGAAGUCUUCAUCCAUCAGCAUUUGUUUUGAACUGAACUAUUAAAUAGCCUUUUUUUCCCUCUCUGGAAAAGAUAUUUGAGAGACUUGAUGAACACAAACAGAAAUAUGCAAUCCUUAUCCAUUCACAGGAGUAAAUUAUUCAGUGUGUCACCUGCGAGGACUUUGGGGCCCAUGAAUGAUUGUUGAGCAAACUAUUUUAUUUUCUCCCAAGUGAAAGAAUACAAGAUUUUGAAGGUUAGCAAGAGGUUUGCAAAAACGAUCAUGUUUCUACACAGUAGGUAAAUUACUGUACAAGUCUGCAAUAAGUGGUGAUGACCUAAUGGUCCUAUCUAGGAAAGUUUACAGAGUCUGGAGAGUUCACUAUUACUUUUCUGUAUACUACUGUUCUUGGAGGCGAGCUGAAUGCAGGAGUCUAGGGAAUGGACUGCCAUUCCACAUUUUGAGCUCAGCAGAUGAUGUGCUUGACCUGCUUUCUGGUUAUAGAAGACUCUUCCCUACUGAGAUACAGUGCAGCACAGCAAGCCAAAACAGGACAGUCUAUCCAACAUGCUGUGGGGGAGGGAAUGAAGGAAAGGAAUGUGUAAAUAUUGCAUUAAAAAUGUUUGGCAUUGAAUGAGCCCCUAAAACAGUUUAUCUGGAGUUUAUUAUUCAUCCUCACUUCUCCUUCUCCCUCCCUCCUUUUCCCCAUUCCCAUUUUAAAGGUUGUUUUGUUUUUUGUCUGAUGAACAUAAAAUUGAAGACCAGUAUUUCUUGGUUUGUGUAGUUGUGCUGAAGGCAAGACACAGCACUGUCAAGGAGACAAGUUGCAAAAACUGUGGACUGCAAACCCAGCAUACUCAGAUUGCAGUCAAAUGUGCUAAACAGAGCUUGAAUGGGGGAAAAGACACCACACACAAACAACCCAGCAGCAUCCAGAAAUUAAUAGAAAACUGGCCUCCAUUUCUUCCUGCUUACAGAUGAGACAUCAACAGGACUCUUAAAACAGCAAACCUCCGUACGUUAGGAAAUUGUUCUGCUCACAAUCCCACCGGUUGAUGUUUGUCCAGGUUUCUUGCUGUAUUAACUUUGUGAUGGAUCUAUGUAUUAAAUAUAUAUAUAUAUGUAUAAAAGAAGAAGAAGCUGGUUCUUGCCAGUAAAUGGGACUUCAAAGCAGUAUUUUUCUUUUACAUGACAUUUUCAUAACCAGAAAGAAAGCAUCCUGAAUACUAAUUAGACAGAUUAAAAAGAGAGAGAGAGUACAUUUAUUUUUUUGUAUCACUGCAGUGUGUUAGAAUAUGCAAGAACUGUGGUUAAAAAAUUAGAAUGUAUGAGGCAUAUAAUAUUUUAGUCCAAUCUGGGGAAGAAAAAGAAAAGUCUUAACAGUGCAUCGCUUGGUUUGCAGAUUUGAACGAUCUCUUGGUUAGAAAUAUAGAUUUUCUAUUUUGUUUUAAUUUGUAAUUUUUCCCUCUCCAUCAGUC